AUUCUGAACAAUGUGGACCACCAACAGUAAUCUCGAAGCUAGUUUACGUCACACUAACUGGUUUACCUACCUUGAGAAAGCCUUACACGAAAUUGAAUUUUACUGAACAACAACUGUGGUGUAGAUUAAGCAUUUUCUUCUUCUUUGGAUCACAUAAUUCGCUUUGGACAUCGCAUAGGCUACCAGUUGAUUCCAUUCUUAGUUCUCGAACAAUCAUGGCACGUUCAGUCUUACUGUUGCAUGGCACAUUUUCUUAUGAACCAGUUUUGAGGUUUUAUUCUCAUGGCAAGCAGUUAUUAUUGGACAACUUGUAGAAAGAAGUGACUGACUGACAUCUGGAAUUUAGGCAAACCAGCUCCCGUCGCAGCGCAUGGAUUUGAAGGCAUCCAGGACAGAGGUUGUCAUCGUGAAAUUGGAUUGAAAUUCUAUAUUAUCCUAAUUGUUAAAUCUUUCAAUCGAUUUUAGAUAUUGAAUUCCAAAACAUAUUAAUUUGUAUUCAGCAUUUUUUUUAAAGUCGGCAUGGACCUGAUAUAAAUUGAGGAUAGCCAUUUCCCGAUAGCCAUUUGCCUUGGGAAAAUGUUUACUCGGUAUUUAUGUUCCAACGGGAAUUUCUUUGACUCAGGGCAGGUUCCACUAUUGGACUAAGGUCCACAAUGAAGUUAUGGUAUACCCUUACCACCUGUUUCGUCCUGCUGAGCUGCGUGCAUACGAGCCCUCUCGGGAGCCGACAGUCCACAAAAAGAACACGCGCUUCAGAGAGUCUCCAGGAGUUCCCCCCAAUGCAUCUCAGCAUAUCUUCAACCAAAACAAGUCCAGAAACAGCCGACAGGGAAGAGCUAUCUGUAGAAACUAAAUAUAACAUGGACGAGCUUCAGCCAGAGCAGUUUGAGGACGUGGUGGAUUUCAUCAGAGUCACCAUCAGUAGACUGAAGAGCUCAUCACACCUGGACACAGGCUCAAGGAUACGAAGGAAACGAGAGAGAAGGAAAGGAAGGAAGGGAGCAACCAACAGUAGAGAGGAUGGAGAGGACUGGAGGAGGGAGAGGUCUCGAAGCGGAGGAGAGAGAGGUCUCGAAGCGGAGGAGGGAGAGGGCUCGAAACGGAGGAGGGAGAGGUCUCGAAGCGGAGGAGGGCGAGGAAGAGGAAAAGGGGGCAGAGAACGAGGCUGUCUGCUCAAACAGAUCCACCUGAAUGUGACUGACCUGGGCUUAGGCUAUCAAACCAGUGAGGAAAUGAUCUUCCGCUACUGCAGCGGGCCUUGCAGGAACUCGGAGACGAACUACGAUAAAAUCCUCAUCAACCUCACCCAAAACAAGAGGCUCCUGCCGGAAACGCCGCCUCACGCUUGCUGUCGACCAGUCGCCUUUGACGAUGACCUGUCCUUCCUGGAUGACCACUUGAUGUACCAUACAAUGAAGAAGCAUUCUGCCCGGAGGUGUGGCUGUGUCUGACCUUCCGACCUCCUGUGUCACUAAGAAGAGAGUCAAUAGAAGUGAGAGGACAUGGCUUGGAUCAAAACUAAGAUACAUUUUGUAGAGGUCAUCCUGGACCCAUUGAAAGUACAUGAAAUUAAAGGGCCUACCAAUGCUUUUGUGUUGUUGACAGGAUGAUUAAGGAGGCGCGUCAUACCUCAAACCUCUCCACUGAUGAUUAUAUCCCACCACUAACUGAUAACGUCAAAAUCAUACUCACUCUACGGAUGGUUUUAGAAGCUGACAAUGGACUCAACAUGUACAGCAAAUGCUGAGGCACAGUAUGUACAAUUGAUGUACAAUAUUUAUAAAGAUUCAUAUAACUUAUUCAUAUUUAUUACAGUUUUUAUUAUAAAGGAAUUAUCUUCUUGUUAUUUAUUUCUAUGUAAUUUCCUCGAUAGUGCCAAAGGUUUAAGGAAGGGAUGAAAGGGCACAUUAUAGGGUUUUGGGGAGAGUUGGCUAUUCUAUAUCCUGGGCCUACUUUUUUAAAUGCAUAGAAAUAGAAUGAAUCGAAUGGACAAAUCAUUGACUUGAAUGUGGGCUCCCGUACUAUAUCUAUGCAUUUAAUCCUAUCCGAUGGGCGAAAUCCGGAUAGAUCACUUUUGAAAAACUGGGCCCUGUGUACACUUUAGCUAACAUUCCACUCCUUGUACUUCGUG